CUUUCUGCCUGUAGAGAAGCCAAGGGACAAGAGCAGAAACAGGGUGUGAAGACGGGCCCUCUCAGGACUUGAGGGGACAUAUUCAAAGCCAGCUGGUCUGGCUUUGAGGAUGAUCAAUGGAGUGAGUGACAGAAAGGCACAGAAAGAAGGGGAGAGCUGUAGCGUGAACUAAAAGGCAAGAUAAGGAAAGUGAAUGCACACAAAGGAGGGAGGUGGAGGUUGCAGCAGACUGUGAAACUGUUUGUGGAGCAACAACAGACUGUGGUGCGGUGUGCUGAGGAGCAAGAAGUGUACUGAGGGGAGUGAAAGAGAGCACACAACAAGAGAUCCUGUUGCACAAUGUUCUAGGGAGUGGGGGAAGAAAGUGUGUUGUUUUGAUACUGUUGACGUGUCUGAGAGACCGGAAAGGGCACAGCCAUGGGGCGGAAGAAGAUACAGAUCACCAGGAUUAUGGAUGAGAGGAACAGGCAGGUUACCUUCACAAAGAGGAAGUUCGGGCUGAUGAAAAAGGCCUACGAGCUGAGCGUACUGUGUGACUGCGAGAUAGCCCUCAUCAUUUUCAACAGCUCUAACAAACUGUUCCAGUAUGCCAGCACAGACAUGGACAAAGUGUUGCUGAAAUACACAGAGUACAAUGAGCCCCAUGAGAGCAGAACCAACUCUGACAUUGUAGAGAAAUUGAGAAACAAAGGCCAAAAUGACUGUGCUAGUCCCGAUGCUGAUGACUGUUUCGGGCACAGCCCCCUCAUGGAUGACCAUUUCGGCAAACUAAGCGAAGACAGUGAUUUAAUGUACAAGCGCUGUGGUGCGCUAAACAAGAAAGAACACAGAGGUUGUGAUAGCCCGGACCCCGAUGCCUCAUAUGUCCUCACUCCUCACACAGAAGAAAAGUAUAAAAAAAUUAAUGAGGAGUUUGAUAAUAUGAUGAGAAAUCAUAAAAUCCCCACGGCGUUGCCUCAGCAGAACUUCUCCAUGCAUGUGGCGGUGCCCGUGUCCAAUCCUAAUGCCAUGUACCAGGCGGGAGGGAAUCUGGGCAGCCAGGCCCUGGCAGCAGCAACAGCUUCGCUGAAUGAGAGCGGGAUGCUGUCCCCUCCGCAGGCCUCCGUGCACAGGAAUGUCGUCUCCGGUGGAGGAUCUCAGAGGCCCACCAGUGCAGGAAGUGCAGGUGGCAUGCUGGAUACCACAGACCUUUCAGUGCCAAGUGGUGCGGGCUCCAGCCCAGCGGGGAACGGCUUCGUUAACCCCAGGGGCUCGCCGAGCCUCCUCAGCAUGCCUAGUGGCAACGGCCUGGGUAAAGUCAUGCCUACCAAGUCUCCACCGCCUCCUGGAGGGAACAUGGGAAUGGGGAGCCGCAAGCCAGACCUGAGGGUUGUUAUCCCUCCAUCGAGCAAAGGGAUGAUGCCCCCACUGUCGGAAGAGGAGGAAAUGGAUUUGAACACCCAGAGGAUAAGCAGUUCCCAGUCCACCCAGCCGCUUGCCACUCCUGUUGUGUCUGUUACCACCCCCAGCUUGCCCCCACAGGGCUUGGUCUACUCAGGCAUGCCCACCGCCUACAAUCCUGCUGAGUACUCGCUGAGCAGUGCGGAUAUCUCCUCCCUGCAGGGCUUCAGCUCUCCCGGGCUCUCUCUGGGCUCCAUGUCUGCAUGGCAACAGCAUCAACUAGGCCAGGCAGCACUUAAUUCUUUGGUUGGUGGAAGUCACUUACCUCAGGGUUCCAACUUAUCCAUUAGCACCAGCCAAAGCAUAAACAUCAAGUCUGAGCCCAUUUCCCCGCCCCGCGAGCGGGUCACCCCAUCCGGGUUUCCCCCACAGCAGCCCCAGCAAGGGUCCAGCCGGCAGGAAGUCCUGGGACGCUCGCCCGCUGACAGCCUCAGCUCGUCCUGCAGCUCAUAUGACGGCAGCGACCGCGAGGACCACCGGGCGGACUUCCAUUCCCCGCUUGGACUGGGAAGACCCCCUGCCGGCUCUGAAGACAGGGAGAGCCCGUCAGUCAAGCGCUUGCGCAUGGAUUCAUGGGUGACAUAAGGAGCUCUGAUCCGGUCUGCAGUCACCAGCCAGACAGAGAGAGAGAAAGGGAGGGAUUAGACGUGGGGAUAAAAGAUGGAGCGAGGGUCCUUAUAGCUGUCAACAUUAUUCUACUAUUCAACUCCACUUCGAUUUGUAAUUCUGGGAUGUAAUGUUAGAUGAUGUCAGGGCAUAUUUAAGUCAAUUUUAAAACUGAUACAGGAAGGUUAAACAAUCUAAAUACAUUUCGGGCACUGGCAGGUGGUAUCAGGUACUUGGUGCAGUUCAGAAGGCGUCUGCAGAUGAGAGAAAAUUGUUAAGCGAUAAGCGGUAGAAUAUUGUAGCCACUGGUCUAGUCAGACACUUACAUGUAAUUGCUGUUUUGCUGUCGUGCUCGCAAGUUUGCAAACAAUCCCAGAAAAUUGUGUUGCUUUCAGGCUAAGGACUCUCUAAUUACAUAGGAUGUUCAUGUCAAAAAGUAUGUCCAAAUACAACGGUGCAAUCACACAAGUUUGGUCUAAAAGGGGGCCUCUCUAAAUUUUUUAAAUCCAUAUGAUCUUUUGACACAGAGCACAUCAUGUUGAGGUCUUUCCAGACUCUUUAAUAAGCUAAAACAACUUUUAAACAACAAUAUGGGAGGUAAAAUAACAUCAGAAUUUAUCGCAAUAAUGAUAAUUCAUUUUAUAAUUUAAAAGAGUAAAGUGUAUAAAUAUACAGUUAAGAUCAUGCAAACCUGUCCAGUUGAGCUGGUUAGUAAGCCAACGUGUUCACAUUUGAGCAACAGUUCAUUAGUUAAAUAAGCCAAAGCUGGGGGUUUUUGUGUUGUACAGUUGCUGUAAUCUCUCUACAGUUUGCUCAAAUACUGCCUGUCUUCUUUUUUUUUUUUCUUUUCAUCGUACUCUGUAUUUUUCAUCGUACUUUGUUGCGGUGUGAAAGUCACAAAAGGCUGAUUCUUGAAUCCGAAAUCAAAAAGCCAUGGGCGUUUGCUGUUCUAUUUGUACAACGUCAAAAUAUGAGCCAAGCGUUUUGUCUUUUGUUGUUGUUGUUGUGUAAAUAGCAACUUUAAUAUAUAUAUUGCCAGGGUGGUGAGUACACCGUUUUCAAGAAAAGUAUAUUUUUGUGGUUUACAGCUGAGUUUACAGGAGUGGACCCUUAAAAAAAGUCACUGGUCCAUAUUUCAAGGUUUUGUUCAGUCAUUUCUGCAUAAACUCUGACAAUAUUUUGCUUAUAGAUUAUUGGUUUUGUCUUGUUUGCCCUGAAUACACUCUAUGACGAAUUAAGUAAGGUCAAACUUUUCUUCUUUUUUUUGAAGGAUGAGCAAAAGGCUGGGGGAAAUAAGGUUUCUUCCCACCUCUUGUGCUUUAACAUCAGGUGCUGAAGUUACUGCCACAAUUCAAACCCACAGUUUUAUCUCACACAACAGAGAAUAUUCUAUUGUUGUUGCUUCUAACUCAACUGAAUGAAAACCAUCUCUGAGACCAUUUGGAUCAUCCUGCCACUGGCUUUUGGAAUUUAACUCAACAAAUUUAAACACAGAAGAGCUGCUGGAAACUUUGGGAUGAAAAUAAUCAUAUUUGUGGGCCCACAUGUGGUUGUAUAUACCCAUAAUAACCCAAUUGGCUGAAGAGAUCCUAUCACAAGUUUAUCCCCAUUUAGUGACAAUACUGUCACCUUGUAGUAGGAACUAUAGGAGCCAGAAAUUUGCAAAGAAAUUGAAAGUUGUUUUGGCAUACAGCCUGUGUGUUACACUCUAACAAUGACUGAAAAAACAGGAUUGUGGCUGUUUUUAUUCUCUAUUUCAAAAGGAAUAACCCAUCCAUCAGAUAACAGCACACUGACUGAUUUCUAUAUUUCCUGCUGAGAGGCACACAUUUGUAUGAGAAUUUUUCUGUAUGAGACGGAUUUCACUGUGCAUUCUCCAUGGCAUGUCUUGUGUUUGUUAGUAACCUUGGGCAUCCUUCAACCCCCCCAACCUUCCCACAGUUUACACCAUUGCAGAUCUAUGCAGAUUUAACCCCACUUCACAUGAAAUAUAAAUACUAUGAUGUCAUUACUAAACAUAUUCAGUCCACAAGCUGUCAGGGGAAAGAGUGUCAGACUGUUAGCCUCUUAUUCUGAAGUGCCACAGCUGGAAGUUACUGGACUACAAUUUUAUUAUCAUCAAUCUCGUUUGGGCCAUCUCCUCAUAUUCAUUUUCCCAUAAGAAGUAUUCAUACAGCCUGAACGUUUUCACACUGUGUCUCGUUACAGCCACAGGUCUUAAUGUAUUUUAUUGAGAUUGUGCAUGAAAGAGCGACACAAUGCAGUACUUAUGAAAUGCAAGAGAAUUUAUUUUAUUUUAACAAACAAAAAUCUGGAAAGUGUGGCAUGUGUUUUCUGCCUCUAGCCACAACUACAACCACAAAUUUUGGGGGUAUGUAAUAAACCUUAAUCCCAAUGUUAUUUACCAAACACCUCAACCUGAGUCAGCUUGGACAGACAGACUUCAAGAAACAUUGAUCCCAUUUCUUGGUAUCCUAUAGUAGCCUGGAUAUUUGUCUUUGGUUGUCCUGCUAUUUUUCAUCUAUGUUAAGAUAAUGGGUGGGGAACUAAAAACUUACAUUUUUGGCCUCGCCUGCCCUUGUUCUGGCUUUCUUACAACAAUUGCCUUUUUUGGCACUCUUUUUUGAAAGAUCAGAUUUGUAGUGUUCUCUUGAUCUUCAACUCCUCCAGAGUGGCUGCUUCUCCUCCAUUGCACCCAGAUAAACUCAAAAAGCUGACCUCUGAAGAAAAAGAAGCAAAUAUAAAUUGGGGCCCCAAUUUUUACUGUUUGACUUGUAAAAAUUACACAAAAUCCCAAUAAAAUCCAUUGCAGUUUGUGGUUGCAAUGUGACAAAUUUUGGAAAAGUUCAACUGACUGCUUUUGCGAGACACUUUAUGAUACAUUAAUAUACACCAUAGUGUUUAAUUACCCUUAUUGUAAUCCAGUUUAACACAGCAGAGGAAAAUAGCAAUAAUAAAUGACUUCAACAGAAAUCAGCCUGUCUUGGCAGCGCUGCCUCAUAGUUGAGCACAUUUUUUUAGCACUUGGUGACAUAUCAGGGAAUUUUGUAGUUGCUCUACCAAUAUGCACAGUUAGGAAAUGCCUUAUUCCAAAGAGAAACUGCACCACAUUUAUUCUCACUCCUGUAAGGAAAAGACAAUGCAGACAUCAUCUGUAAGGGAGCAGAUUCCGCCUCUCUUCACCGCAAACUCACACAAGAUAUUGCAUAGCGAAUGCACGGUGAUACAAUUCGCUCUGUUCGUCCUCGUCCAAAUUGUGCAUAACUAAUGAAUGUGAACGGAAAGGGUAAUCGAUGAACCUCUGGAGAGGACUUUCUUCACUUUGCUGUGCAAGAGCACACCGCUUUGCUUCAUGGCUUUUAUAAACAGAACUAAGUGUUUGGUAAGUGUCUGUAGUUAAUAGUUCACGUAACUAAAGAAGCUGUUUUCGGUUUGAGUGCUCAGACCGUUUGGCGGCACAAGCUGGACUUUGUUGCCAAUAAUAAAAUUAUUUGUUUUAAAAUUGAAAUAGACUUUAAGUUAAUCUGCAUUUUUGUUUUCGCUUGAAUGUGUUUUUAUUUUCAACAUACAAUAAUUAUUCAAGUGAACUUUUUAUUGAACAAUUAAGAUACUAUGCUAGAUGUUGUUGUACAAAAUUUGUAUUCUACACAAAAAGUGCAAAUAUUGGCUUUUCAUGUGUAAUUUAGUUUUUUUUUUCUCUCUCUUAUUCUGUAUAAAAUGAAGUAAACAACUCUUUCAUAGAAUCAGUUCUUCUGUGAAGUCCCAAACAGUAUAAACUGUCAACUUUAUUAAACACCUCAGUGUAUGCUCAAUCUGAA